UGGGGUCGCCAUGAGUCAGUAUCUACUCGACGGGGACGAGUUAGUCUUUCUUUUUUUAUUGGGCAUUUGAGUUUGGAAUCCUUGUUACGGUAUGUGAGGGGUCUUUUAAGGGAAGGACAUGUAGAGCAUGAUUUUCUUUAUGGGCCAGAGGUCAGAUCACAUCACGGUUUGCAAGGUUUUUGGUUGGAUGUCAAACUGGGGCAGGAACGCGGCAUCAGUAGGGUUGGCAGUAAAGGGGCUCCCGUCCUUGUAUCUGUGCCACAGGGGUGGGGGACAGGCUGCUGACCCUUCCUCUCUCCGCAGGUGGCCCCGUUGUUGUGGAUGGGAGAGCCUGGGCGUACUGGAUGAGGUCGGCGCGCGCCGCGCACCAUGUCAUCAUGUGUCUCUAGCCAGCCCAGCAGCAACCGGGCCGCCACCCAGGAUGAGCUGGGGGGCGGGGGCAGCAGCAGCGAAGGCCAGAAGCCCUGUGAGGCCCUGCAGGGCCUCUCGACCUUGAGCCUCCGCCUGGGCAUGGAGUCCUUCAUCGUGGUCACCGAGUGUGAGCCGGGCUGUGCUGCCGAUGGCCUGGAGGCUUCCCUGCAUGCCCCCAGGCCCCAGGCCCGGCCCCACCUCUCCAGCCGCAAGCUUUCUCUGCAGGAGCGGUCCCAGGGCGGCCCCGAGGCCAGCGGCGGCUCAGACAUCAAUGGGCGCUGCAUCCACCCGUCCUUGUCCUACUCGCCCGCCGGGUCCCCGCAGUCCUCGCCGCGGCUGCCCCGCAGGCCCACGGUGGAGUCUCACCAUGUCUCCGUCACGGGUAUGCAGGUAUCAUAACUUCUAGAUAGCAUGUCAUGGGCAUCUCCCUUUCUCCAGGGCUCCUAUGGCGUGGUCAAGUUGGCCUACAAUGAAAACGACAAUACCUACUAUGCGAUGAAGGUGCUGUCUAAGAAGAAGCUGAUCCGCCAGGCAGGCUUUCCGCAAGUGAAGCUGAGCUGGGUCCCAGGGACAUCAGGAGUCUCCCACCUGUGCCGCUGUGGCUCCUUUACCCUCUUCUCUUCCCUUGCAGUGUUUGAACUCGUCAACCAGGGGCCUGUCAUGGAGGUGCCCACCCUCAAGCCGCUCUCUGAAGACCGGGCCCGGUUCUACUUCCAGGACCUGAUCAAAGGCAUCGAGUACUUACACUACCAGAAGAUCAUCCACCGGGACAUCAAACCUUCCAACCUCCUGGUUGGCGAAGACGGACACAUCAAGAUCGCUGACUUUGGCGUCAGCAACGAGUUCAAGGGCAACGACGCGCUCCUCUCGAACACCGUGGGCACGCCUGCCUUCAUGGCUCCUGAGUCGCUCUCAGAGACCCGGAAGAUCUUCUCGGGGAAGGCCUUGGAUGUUUGGGCCAUGGGUGUGACCCUGUACUGCUUUGUCUUUGGCCAGUGCCCGUUCAUGGACGAGCGGAUCAUGUGUUUACACAGCAAGAUCAAGAGCCAGGCCCUGGAGUUUCCAGACCAGCCCGACGUAGCUGAGGACUUGAAGGGCCUGAUCACCCGCAUGCUGGAUAAGAACCCUGAGACGAGGAUCGUGGUGCCGGAGAUCAAGCUGCACCCCUGGGUCACGAGGCACGGGGCGGAGCCGCUGCCGUCGGAGGACGAGAACUGCACGCUGGUCGAGGUGACCGAAGAGGAGGUCGAGAACUCGGUCAAACACAUUCCCAGCCUGGCGACUGUGAUCCUGGUGAAGACCAUGAUUCGCAAACGUUCCUUUGGAAACCCGUUUGAGGGCAGCCGGCGGGAGGAGCGUUCGUUGUCUGCGCCUGGGAAUCUGCUCAUCAAAAAACCCACCAGGGAGUGUGAGCCCCUGUCCGAGGCCAAGGAAGGACGGCAGCGGAGACAGCCCGCAGGGCUCCGGGCCACCCCACGCAGGGGAGGAAGAGGCGCUUCUGUGAAGGCUGGGCCCCGUCCUGACAGCUGGGGGGCCCCGGGCGUCGGCUCCUCCGUGCACACGCAGCCACCGCAGCCCGAGGAGGAAGUGAUGGAGCCGGAGUAGCUGCUGGGACCGCCCGCUCGCAUGCCGCCUCCGGUGCUGCCCCGUCCGCCCUCCCCUAGCAGCAUGCCCUGCGGACUCCCAGCAUCGCUCGUCUGGUUGUUUCUUCCUUUGUUGUGUGGAAGGGGACAAAAAGAAAAGGGACUCAACUCCCUGACAUCGACCUUGGCCGCUGGCUGGCCAAACGGGCAGGUGUGAGGAGUUGCAAACCCAAGCCCACCCGUGUUUUGGGGCAAUUGCUCUUUAAAACGUUUCUAUGCCAAAAAUCUUUCCUCAUGCAUUCAGAACUGUGUCCAGUACACCACGUGAACUGUGUAGGGGGUUUGGACAUCGCAAAAAACUGGCAGAAGAUUCGGGCCCUCAGAGGCCACAGAGUGAGUUGGGGUAAUUGUGAAGAGCGCUUGUGAUUCCUCAUGCAAACUCCAAACCAUGCAACCUUCUGGAAACAAGGACUCCAGGCAUCAGAGCAGGGCUUCCCCCCCUCAGUAGCUGUAGGGAGUUUUGCUGCAACUUAUUUGUAAGAAGGAGUUUUUACUUUUUUUUAUGGGUAGAGUUGUAGUCAGGAAAACAGAAAGGGCUUGAAGUUCAGUUUACUUGCUUUAGAAGGGUUUUUCUUCCCCAACCCUCGAAGGGCACUCGGCAGUUGUGGUGGGAAAAGUUUCACUUGAAGGACUGAUGGUGUUUCUCCUGAAAGCGAGAUUCUGAAGUAGUUGAGCUGUAGUAAAUCUCUUGUUAAAUGACCAAAACUUCAGGGUGAAAUCCUACACUUCCAUGUGUAUGACGUGGCUUAAGAUGAGACAAUAACAACAACAAAAAAGUUCAAUUCUCUAGCCUGAACUUAGAGUCGUUCAGAAAUUAUUUAGAGCUUCCAGGAUGUAUUUCAUUGCUUCAAGCACAUGACCGGGGUUUAGCGCCAGUGAAAUCC